AUGUCAAACUACACUCGUAUUCGAGAGUAUCGAGAUGACCCAGAAUACACGGAUUAUCAGGAUCAUGAUGACAGCCCAGUCAUCGUGGAUCUCACUGAACAGAUCAGGGGCAACAUCUUUCAGAUCAACAGUGGAGCAAGUGACUUGGAGCGGGCUAUGAAAGGUAUUGGAACUGAUAAGGACAGUCCGCAGCUUAGAGACAAAAUCCAUGAGACAUCCCAGAAUGUGAAUAAAAUAGUACAGACUACCACACGCCUCCUUCAUAAAGCAGCUGAGAAAAAGGCAAACAAGCAACAGAAAGUCCAGCUUGACCUGUUGAAGAGCCAGUUUCAAGACUCACUUCAGAGGUUUCAUAUUUUGCAGAAGAAAGCAGCGGAUCGAGUGAAGACAACAGUGAAACUUUCAGUUCGCAGUAUGCAGCAGCAGCCCCUUGUUUCUUUUGUUAGUGAUAUUGAGCUCAAUGAAGACUUUGAGGAUGACCAGCGACAAGCACAAGUUUUUAAAGACCAAGAGAUUAUCGAAGAUGAUUUGGCUCUUAUUCUGGAGAGAGAGCAACGUAUUCGUCAACUUGAGUCAGACAUCUUAGAUGUGAAUGAGAUCUUCAGAGAUCUAGGAGCAAUGGUGCAGAGUCAGGGAGAAGUUCUAGACACAAUUGACAGCAAUGUGGAGCGGGCUGCAACAAAUGUGGAAGCAGGAAAUGAACAGCUGGUUAGUGCUGCAAAGUACCAGAGCAAGUCCAGAAAGAAGAUGUGUUGCCUGGUUGUCAUUUUCUUAGUCAUUGCAAUUAUCAUUACCGUCAUUAUUGUGGUCGCCUUGAAGACAUGA